UUUUGCCGGAGGAGGUCCUGACGCUUCUGUUGCCUAGCAACACGCUAGUUCCCUUCCUGUUGCUGAGACGCUGCGCGUUGUCGAUAAAGUUUGUGUUGUUUUGUACGCGCCGUUGCCCAGGCGGCUUGCGUGCUUGGUUACCAAGAGUUCCAACAAUGGCGGCGGACGGUGAGCAGCGUGCGACUUCCGAAGUGACUCAGGCCCUUGCCCGGCAUCUAAAUUGCCUUAACGAUGAGAAUAAAAUGACAAGGAAGAGGGCACUGGCUGCCAUUCAGAAAGAAGCCAUGAACGAACGGCUGUCCAGUGCUGUUCUGCAGGACGUCUUUUUGGAGUUGCUUAAACCCCUACUCAGGUGCCUGUCAGACCCCAUGGAGAAGUGCCGGGAGUUGUCUGUCCAAAUCAUAGUGCAUUGCGUUAGUAAUGUGCCCAGGCCAGAGGAUUCCCUGCCCUACUUGAUGCCAGCUCUCUCCCAGCGUCUGGGCCAACAGGAAGUUGUAGAACCCUCUGAAGAGCUGAGACUAUCCAUGGUCGAGCUAUUGAGUCUGGUGGUGGAGGUGUGUGGGAAGAAGUUGGCCCCUUACCUGGAUGAGAUGAUUAAAAUUUUCCAGAGGACGAUUGUAGAUCCCUUCCCAGAUGUGAAGAAAGAGAGCUGCAAGUGUGCCUCAAACUGUGCCCAAUGUAUACCAGAGCACUUUCACAUGCAAGCAGAGUCCCUGAUUAAGCCCCUGAUGCAAACAAUUUCACACCAGCAUUCUAAAGUCCGUGUCGCUGUUAUUCAGACAACUGGAACAGUUAUACAAUUUGGCAGUGGGAAAUCUGUUGAUGAUGUUAUGUCCCAUCUUGCACAGAGACUUUUUGAUGACUCAAUCCAGGUCAGGCAAGCAGUAACUGUUGUAGUAGGGGACUGGCUUUUGCAACUGCGAGACCGAUAUUCUUUUUACCAUAAACUGAUACCUCUUCUGCUGAGCAGCACUACAGAUGAAAUUCCUGAAAUCAGAAAAUUGGCUCUUGAUUAUUGGGAGAAAAUUGGUUCACAGUGGGAAAAGGAGAACGAAGAGGAUUUAAAAGAUAAACUUGACUUCAGUGCUCCAUGUCCUUUAUAUUACCCAGCAGGGGUACAAAGACCUGGAUUAGGAUGCCGGGAGCUAAUUUUCAGAAAUCUUUCCAAAAUUCUGCCAGCCAUCAGUCGAGAUGUAACAGACUGGGUUGCUGGAACAAGGAUUAAGGCUUCCCAGCUUCUAGCUGUGCUGCUGCUACACGGAGAAGAUCAUAUUACUCAGCACAUGGAACUUUUACUUAGCACUCUGUACCGCUCAUGCCUGGAUGAAGAGCCGCAAGUUGUGAUCAAUAGUGUAAAAUCCGCUGAGUUAAUUGGAACAUUUGUGAACCCUGAGGUGUUUCUGAAGUUGAUUUUGCCUGCACUUCAAAAAUCUCCACUGGCAUCUCAUCUAAUGACUCUGGCUGCAUGUAUAAGAGGAUGUUCAAGGGAAUUGCUCAAGACCCACUUAACUAAGAUAGCCAGUGUCAUUUCUCAAUCAGAGAUCUGCCAAGGAUCAGAAAAGGUUCUCUACCAAGAGCAGAUGCUGUGCUGCAUCCAGUCCUUAAUUGGAAUGUGCCGGCAGGACUGUACAGAGGUUAGCUUACCGUGCAUGAAAGUUCUUAUCGCAAUACUUGCCAGCCCAGCGUCUGAAAGCCUUAAUAAUAAGGUACAGGAUACAUUACUGUCAUUAUCAGAAGUGCAAGGUUUGAAUGGGCCCCAUGAUCUCUACAGGCAACACAUGCAACAGCUGUUGGACUGGGUAUCAGAAAGUCACAAUCACUGGACCAGUUAUUCAGUGGAGCAAAUACAGUUUGAAGUUAUUGCUGUUGAGUCUGGUCCUGUGAUGGGAGAAACUCUUCACCUGUUCGUGCCAAUUCUGAAGACGUGCCUUCAACCAACACGAGAACCACAGAUGCGCCUGAAGCUUUUUACAAUGCUGUCAAAACUGCUGCUGAAAGCAAGCGAAACAGUCAACUCCCAAGGGCAGCUCCAUAGAUAUUUUGAAAGCUUUAUAAAGAAUAUGAUAAUGCCAAACCUCAAGUGGCAAGCUGGGAGAACAGCAGGAGCCAUCCGAACUGUCGCAGUAUCAUGCUUGUGGGUUCUUCUCCAGAGUGAAACUCUAACACAUCAAGAGGUUCUUCAGGUAGAAGACGAUUUGAUGCCUCAGGUCAUCACGACAUUGGAAGAGGAUUCAAAGAUGUGUCGGCUAAUGUCUUGCCGCAUUAUCAGAGCCCUUCUGAGUGCUUGUGAGCGACAGCUGCACCCUGAUAAACUGAACAAGAUUUAUCCUGAACUCUUAAAGAGGCUGGACGAUGCAUCCGACGAGGUUAGAGCUGCAGCUGCUAAAACCCUGAGUCACUGGUUUAAAUGCAUCAGCGAUGAGUAUGAUAGGACUACAUAUAAGGGCCAUCUUGAGUUUUUAUACAGAGGGUUGCUGGUACAUCUUGACGAUCCAGAUGCAAGUCUCCAAGUUAUUGUUCUAGAUCUGCUGAAGGAAGGAAGUGCUGUUUGCCCAUCCCUUUUAGUGCAAGAAAUAGAAGCAGUCCGACACAAGCACAGAUCUCCGGCUUACUGUGAUCAGCUUUUACAGCACAUUGAGACGUAUACAAGCAGUACGCCUACAGAAUGCACAUAGUUUGCAGCAGCACAGGAAUACGUCACUCAGGUUCAAGCAGCUGGCUCUUCCCAUCCUCCUGUACUAUUUUUAAACCUAUAUUUAUUUUGCAUUGUCUAUAAUGAAAACUUCCCCAUACCCAAAUGCAUAUUCAGUGGCCUGAAAGCACAGCCAUUGGGUUACAGAAGAGGAUUUGUUCCGAAGGAUCCUGACAGUUUCUGCACAUGCGCCAAUCAUAAUGCGUUUCUGCUUCCUAGAAAUACAGGAGGAUAUGAAUGGACAUCUCCCAGAACAGAAAUGCGAUUGAUGAGACGACAAGUUGCACAGCUACUUUCCCAAAUUUAGAUUUGUACAUUCUCUUUAGUUGCAUUUUAGAGCAGCAGGAAUUAAGAUUGCACAUCAAGGAGAUCACCAUUAGUUAUGCAUAAUAAUCACCCUGAAACAAACUCAUUUGGUGUCCUGCCCCAGCAUUCAAGUGUAUGGUCAGACUUAAAACCUAUGCCUGUACUUCAUGAUCCUUUAGCGAUCUGACAGAUAAGUAGCACAUGGAUUUUUUCUAUAACUAAAAAAAUGAAUACUAUAAUUCUCAAGGGGCUGAAUAAAAAUGUUAUAUUUUUAACCAGUUA